AUGGCAGCAUCGACAGCGUCUUGGCGCCCGUUGAACUUGUAUAUUCGCCGUCAAAAAUACCCCAGGGUUUGCGGAACCAUUCAUCAGACCGCGCAAAACUUUACAAAUCGACGAUAUGGCAGCAUGUCAGGGGAUGACGGCCCCCCUGGUUCUGCUGCUCCAGAUGGCCUUGUGGAAUCUCCGAUAAUAUUAAGAAGAUCUGAGAAAAGAGACCGCCCGAGUAACGCGGAGAAGAGUGAUUGCCGCAGCAAACACUGGGAUUCUGAUGGAUUAUUGAUCCGCAACCCAUGGGCGUUAGCUCUUUCAACCCCCCCUCGGCUCUGCCGUGCAACACACACUCGACUCCCAACCGAGUUGCUGCUAGAUUUUGGCCUAGUUCAACAUCCUGAAACGUCAGCCCCGUGGAUAUUUCCUACGACUCUACUCGAGGAUGAGUUAGCGGAGUCGGAAGCGACGAAUGACUCGGUUUCUAUGGAUACCACCCAGGCAGAUACCUCUGCAGUGAGCGAAGAGAUACCUGCAGUAAAUGAUGACCUCUCUACAUUGAGCGAAGACAUACCUGCAGUAAACGAUGACGUCCCUGCGGUGAGCGAUAAAGUCCCUAGGGCGACUAGCGAAAAAGCGCCAAUCAAGAGAAACCAUUUCCCAUCAUUCAGGAUUACAAAUAACGGACAGUUAUUAGAUAUGUUAUCCGAUCGAAAAUACUCGAACGUCGGCAAAGGAUUAAUCCCGCCAAUAUGGGGUCGACCGGAAGGGCCGCUUUCCCAAAACUUUCUAAAAUCCUUGGUUUGGAGGGAGGAUAUGCCCAGCUUCGUGUUUCAAGCAAUGAGGAGGAAAGCUUUGAAAGGACUGAAAAAAAUAGUGCAUGGGACCGCCAAAACAAAGAAACUCCGAAGGCAAGACACCUGGGCAAAAUUGAAUAUUGUCAACUACCCUAUAACUCAAGAUGAACUGGAGAACUCUUUGCGACAGCUUCCUGAGUUACCAGGUAUUAAGAACGGGGUAGUUUUGAUCCUUCGCAGCAAUGAUCCCAUAACAGAGGCGGAGGCUGCCCGCCAUGACAAUACCAUUACAGCCCAUGAUGCCUCUGCAGAUCCUUCUGACACAGUUACCUCAACGGACACAGCCACGCAAACCACCACUCUAACAAUUGCCGACAGGGAGUCAGUUGCUCUGGUUGAACUUCCUGUGCAGGAGUCGCAGGUUCCCGUCUUUGAUCUUACGAAAUUGCUAUCCCCUGAUGAGCUCCAGGAGGUACGCCAGCUGGGAGAAGUUUUCCAAGAGAGCGCUUUAUACUUUAUACCGUCAAGGAAACAGUCAGCAUCGGUUGUUUUAGACCUCUGGCGGCUGAAGUUGUUUGAUAUGGACCGCGAUCAAGGGGAAUAA